GAUUACCUGUCACUAUAGAAUAACGGUCAGGUUGUGGGUCGACCGCGGCAGAAAUGUUUUCCUUGCGGACCUUGCGGGCUCUGCCGGCAUGCCAGGCAGGCCGAUCCUCCCAGAUGGCCGUUGUCAGGUUCGGCGGCGUCCGCACGGCCCCGGCGCGGAGCAUGGCGGUGCGAAACUCCAACCAAGACAUGGAGUCUCGCACCACGACUUCGGACGCCAAGGCGGAGCACGCGGCGCAGCAGGCCGCCGCUAGCAGCAGCAGCAGCAGCAGCAGCGGCGCCAGCUCCAGCAACAAUAGCAACAGCAACAGCUCGAGCAGCAACAACGCCGGCAGCGCGGGGUCAUCUGGGUCGGACGGCGACUACGUUUCGGCGUUCGGGCUGCGCAUCAGCAAAGACGACCUGCUCACCAUUGCCCUGGCGGUCGCCAUCUCGUACGGGAUACGUUCCUUCGUGGCCGAGCCGCGUUUCAUCCCCUCUCUGUCCAUGUAUCCCACGUUUGACGUGGGCGACCGCCUCAUUGCGGAGAAGGUCACCUACCGCUUCAUCAGGGAGCCUGUGCCGGGCGAUGUGAUCAUCUUCCACCCGCCCAAGGAGAUCUCGCCGGAGACGGGCCCGCUGGGCUUCCUGGCGGAUGACAACGUGUACAUCAAGCGCGUGGUGGCGGUGGAGGGCGACACCAUUGAGGUUCGCAACGGGCGCACGUACGUCAACGGCGUGGCCCGCAGUGAGCCCUUCAUCGCGGAGAGCCCGCUGUAUGAGAUGCCCCGGCUGCUGGUGCCGCCCGGCGAUGUUUUUGUGAUGGGUGACAACCGCAACAACAGCUACGACAGCCACCUGUGGGGGCCGCUGCCCAAGGAGAACAUCGUGGGCCGCGCAGUGGCCAAGUACUGGCCGCCCUGGAAGGCGGGCGGGCUUGACGACUACACGGGCGUUCUGGCAGCCAGCACGGGGCCACAGCAGGGGACAACCGCCAAGGCUGCCUCGUCAUCUUGAGUGAAGCGAGAAUGCGAUGUGAAUAGUGCAGCUGGAUGCCGUGUGGUGCGCCUAGCCCUUUGUAGACGAACUGUGAUGUUAGCGGUGCUGACGAGAGGUGAGAGUCCACGCUUGUGCGUGCAGGGCUGGAGAGGUUGUGCGUGCAGGCUUAGAGAGGCUGAGCGGGCUGAGAGGGUGCCGUUGCGAGAGACGGGCGUUCGGGAGUGAGGGAUGAAGAGUAAGAGAUAUCGGCGCGUCGUGACGUCCUGAGGUGCGCAGAUCGCCAUGGGUUUGCCCAGUAUGUGCAAAUGCGAGACGCCCGUAUGCCCUCAACCGACCGAUACCCGGACAAUCCAAGACACCCCAGGCCGCACGCACGCACGCCCAACACCGGCCCCGCCGGCCUCCCACGCAACACGCAGUUGGUCUCCAGCAUACGUUUGGGCGUAUUUCAUUCAACUUUAAAUGAGUUAGGGCCGCACGGCGUCUCAUGCUGAGAAUGUUUGUGCACAAUUGAAGUCAUCGCCGGUACAAAUGUAGGCGCCCGAAGCCAGCCAACCAAUGCGCGCCUAAGGCACCCGCUAGCUUUCACCGGGCCAAGCUACAUGCGUGCAUUUGUUGGACGCCACGCUGCCACGCCUCGCUGCCACAACACGACAUGUAUGUACGACAACAUGGUCGCUCGCGUGUUUUUC